UCACCCACUCUUUGCGCUCGUUCGCUCGGCACCGCAUCGUCGUUCAAUUGUUCGCGGGUAUAGCGCGCUAGUGCAUCGUUUCACGGCCGCCCCAGUUUUCGCGAUACGAAUUUUGAUAAAGGAUGAAAAUAGAACAGCGCUUGUAAUUUUUGGGUUCUAUUAUGUGUGUCAGCGGUGGAAAAGGCCAAUGCCGAAUGGUUGUUCCAAGGAAAAAUUAGAUUUGUAAACAGUGGCACGCGAUUUCGAAGUUUGAGCUGUUGGGAUACCGUGGUUUUGUGAUAGCGUAUUAUGUGACUCGAUGGUUUGAUGUGUUUGUGGAACUGACUGUCAUUAGGACUUAAUGGUCGUCGGUUUAUAACUUUCUAUGGCUUCCAGGCAGAAUAUUCUCCGAUUUGAAGAUGACGAAGACGGCUCCGUCGGUGGCGGUGUGCACCACCCUUACGGGGGUAAGGUGCUGCAGCAGCAAUGGGUCACGUUGACGGCUAGCAUGUGGCCGGAGCCAACGGCCUCGCCCAGGGGCUGGAGAGUGUCUUCAGAACGAUUACCACUGUUGGCUGCUGUUUUUUGCGGUGCUGCUGUCGUUGUCUGUCUACUUUGCGCCUUUGUACUUUACAAGUGCUGCGUCAUGCCGCGUAGAGAGAAGCAUUUUUGUUUAAGAAAAUUAGACCCUAAUUCCUCGAGUGCUCAAUCGCACAUACAAACACCCAUACCUUCACAGGCUGCCAUAUAUGCUGAGCAAAAAGGAAAUGGAUGGGGAUAUAGUAAUAGAAUUGUAACUCCUGUACAAGGUGGACCAUGGUACAUUCCCAGGAUAGGUGGACAGCAGUGUACACAAUGUCCAGGAAUUUGUCCUGUGCCAAGGAGCAAUAGUAACCCUGGAGGAUCAACUCAAUCACAAUCCUCUAGAAAGCCAAGACCUAUGAGCCAGCCAGUUCAAUUAGGUGCUUCCAGUUUAAUAUCUGAUGGGGAAAUAGUCCCAAAACAUCUGCCAAUGCCAGAAAUAUGUGAAUUCUCACCACAAGGUGUCCAGUAUGCUUCAAGUAGUAUUUUAGAUGAAGUUUCAACGAAAGAUGAUGGCAUAUCAUCUGGACCAACGCUCAAAACACGUAGUUUACCAGCUUGGGUCAGAUCCAAGCCUAGACCAUUGUCCACAGAAGAUGACCUCAACGAUCUUUAUGCCAAGGUAAACUUCAGUAAGAAGCGAAAAAACCGCAUGAGAAAUGAUGAGGCAGCUAUUAUUGCCUUAAGCAAGUCCAGAAGUCAAUUUCUGCACAAAGAUACUGACUCAUUAGUUGAUAAUGAAGCUGUAAUCGUUUAUGAUGAACGUACUGCUCUAUAAUUAAACUAAAGAUAUUUCGUUUGACAAUAAAGAAUUUGGUAUGGUAAUUACCCCCAUGACAUUUUAGAUAUCAUGUUAACGUUGAAGAAAUAAUUUUGUAAAUAUUGAAAUUUGCUCAUAAAAAUGAGACGCCUUAAUUUUUUUCUAUGAUUUCUUGAAUUUUAAAUGUGGUUAUAACAUGACGUAGAUUCUGAAACAUCAUAUUUUUCACAAGUUUGUAGUAAUUCCAAAAAAAUAUUAAAUUUUAAUUAACUUGAUCAAUAUUAAUUGAGAAUUUGAAGAACCACACAACUUUUAAUCUGAAUUUUAUAAACUCAUUUUCAGUUUAUGUAACACUUGUAUAUGUAUUAAUUGAAUAAAAUCAAUAGCUUUUAUAGGAAAUAGUUAUAUUGGUCCACUUUACUUCAGUAAAGAAAAUGAAAAUAUCUCACAAAAUUAGAAUAUAAAACAAAAAUUCAACAUUUCGACUAACAUAUCAUAAUGUUUAUUAGGUCAACAAGAAGUAGAAGGCACUGAAACGUAUCAUUGUUUAUAUGAGUAGAACAUAUAGAUUAGAAAAUUCUGUUCGCCUGUUCUUAUUUUGAAUCAAAAUUAAGUGAAUGUUCUUUUUUUGAAGGUUUGAUGUAAAAAUUCGGUGCCUUUGAUUAACUUAAAUGAAACUUUAUAAAAGUAUAGAAAAAUUAGCAUGAAAUGUUAUUGAAGAAUUUCAAAUCAGACCGACAAGACUGAAAUUAUCUUCCUAUAAUUUGUCGGAAGUUUUAUAUCAAUAAUGCAGUCGCAUUUUAGGUAUAUCGGCCUAAAAAUUAUUUAUAUUACAUAAGUUGUAGUUUCUUAUAGUGGGUACCUAUUUUUUCUCUAUAUCUCUUAUAUUUGAUACAGGGUGAUAUUUUAACUUGUUAUGGAUUUUCCAAAAAAUUUUGGAAGUAUAGAAAAUAUUCAGUCAAACAUUAUUUUUCAACUUCAGAAGAAUAAUCAUCGAUAAAUAUUAUAUUUAUACUCAUAAAUAUAUUCAUUUAAUUUUCUAUUUUUGAGCAAUUAUUAACUUAUCGUUUUUUAAUAUCACAAAUGAUAUUUGAAGAAUAAUUCUGCAACAUUAACUGAAUAUCAUUCAAUUGAUUUCUCUUGUUGAUUGUUUUGUUUUUUCAAUUAUAUAACAUCAAUCGGUCCUUAAAUUUAAUAAAUUCAUGAUAAUAAAAUAAAAUGUACUUUAAAUUAUUUGUGAGAAUGAAAAAAACGAGAAAACUGUGAUAUUCACAUACUGAAGUAAGGUUUUAAUUGUCAGUAACUAUAAUAUCAUUAGUAUUGAAAAACACAUGUUUUAAGAAGACUGUAAUUGAAGAUUAUCCAUGUACUAGAAUAUGAGAUUAUUGCACAUUAAUUCUUCAAUAUAUUUUUAACUGCUGAUUGAAGGUUUAUUAGGAUAAUUUCAAAAUAGAAAAUUUAUAUAAUUAGUUUGAUGUUUAGUUUUAUAAAUAGUGAAUGAAAAUGAAUUGAAAAAUUCUUGGAUAUGCAUGUUCUGAAUUUAAUAAAAAAAUUUUCAGUUCAAUUGUGUUUUAUUACUCUUCAAUAAAUAAAAUACACUUUUAUAAAAAUUAUGAAAAACCUCUGGAAGUAAAGAAUUUUUUACCAUAGUCCAAAUCUUAGAUAAAAACUGAUGAACCAAAUUAAAAUUCAAUUAAUGAGGUGAAA